GCGAUGUAUGUGGCGUAUGUCUGCUGGACUGUGAAGACGGUCGUCUACAAAGCUCAGGAGCAGUUCCUGCUGCACCGCUUCCGCUGGCUCAAGAAGCUGCCGCAUCCCAGAUCCAGGACCGUCAUGGUCGAGGGCAUUCCACGCGACUGCUGCUCCGCAGACAAGGUCAGAGAGUUCUUUGCAGCAGCCUUGAGCUCCGAUGUCAUCGAGGAAGUGCACAUCGUCAAGCAGACCAAAACGCUGGAGAAGAUGGUGGAAUCCAGGCAGGGACUCUUUGACCUCAAGCAGCAGGCAGAGUUUAAGCUGGAGAAGGACGGGACGCGUCCGGAACACCUCGUCGUGGAAGUUGGCAAGGUACCUCACAAGGUUGACAGCAUCAACCACUACACGGAGCAGGUGGCGAAGUUGGAGGCUGACAUCACGGAAGAGUUCCAUCGCCUCACGAAAGAGUCAGAGAAGGUCGGUGACAGCAACUGCUCCAAUGCCUUCGUCACUUUCUCCGACCGGAAGCACGUCGAGAUGGCGAAGGAGCUCGACUUCUCUCCAGACGAGGAUGAGUGGGUUGUGACCGAGCCCCCUGAGCUUAGCAUGGUCAGAUGGGGCGAGCUCCGCACAGACCAGGACAUUCAGACUGCCUCGGAGUUGGUCGGCUACGCGGCGGUUUUCGGCCUGUAUGCGGCAUUCAUGCCGAUUUGCGUCGGAAUCACCAAUCUGGCGAACAGCGUCGAUCUGGGCCCGCUCUGGGCUUCUCUGGCUCCGACCAUGGGUUUGACGAUCUUCCUAUCGUUCCUGCCCACGGUGCUGAUCCUAAUCAUCGACAACUUCUACUCACUGCGGUGCUCUUCUCGUGUCCAGGAGAAGCUCUUGGUGUGGUACUACUGGUUCCAGGUGAUAUUCGUGCUCCUUGUCACGGCCAUCGGCAACAACUUCAUUUCCUUCUGUGAGGCUGUGGCUUCGAACCCCCUGCAGCUUCCGCACAUCCUUGCCGCCGAGCUGCCCAAAGCCACGCACUUCUACAUGAACUUCCUAGUGGUCCAGUGGUCCACCCAUGUGAUCAACCUGCUUCGCUACGUCAACCUGGCGAAAUUCCUCGGGUUCAGCGCCCUCUACCCAGAAGAGGAGGCGAAGAAGCGGGCUGAGCCGGAAGACCAGGACUACUACGGCUUCGGUUCCCGGAGCGCGCGUUGGACCAUUAAUCUGCUCAUAGGCGUGGUCUUCGGGACACUGAACCCAACCAUCCCGAUCCUGGCUCUGGUCAACUUCCUCAUCUGCCGCACUGUGUAUGGGUACCUCAUCGUUGCAGCAGAAACCAAGAAGCCAGACUUGGGCGGGAACUUCUGGGUCAAAAACCUGAACCACGUGCUGCAAGGGGCCAUUCUGUACACAAUCCUCAUGACCGGCAUUCUGUUGGAACGGGCUCCGAAUUUCAUUCCCGGCGCUGUCAGCGUUACCUGCCUACUCUACCUUGCGCGAUCGUACUGGUACUUCGAGAAGCACUACCGCUGGCAGGCGCUGCCUUUCGUCGAGAUCAUGUACAAAGACAAG